ACCUAAUUCCCAAUCUCCCAACUCUCAAAGCUCUCUCCUUUACCACUCUCACGAGCCAAGACCAUGGCCUCGACGAUGACGGUGCUCUUCGCCGUCGUGAUCGUGUUGGCGGCGGUCUACUGCGGGAUUGACCCGCUGCGGCAUAGCUCCAUGGCGGACUUCCCGGAGUUCGAGGCCUACAAGGUUGAGCUGCCGGCAUGGUCCGAGGUCCCCAAGGUGAGAGACGAGCAGGACUUGCUUCAGAGAGCUGAGGUGAGGUUCUUCGGCCAAAUUCAGGGUCCUGAGAGCGUCGCCUUCGACCCUCACGGCCACGGCCCUUACACUGGCGUUGCUGAUGGCCGUAUACUCUUCUGGAACGGCAACUCUUGGUCCGAUUUCGCUUUCACUUCCCCUAAUAGAACGGAGUUGUGUGAUCCGAAGCCUUCGGCUUUGAUGUAUUUGAAGAAUGAGCAUGUUUGUGGGAGGCCAUUAGGGCUUCGGUUUGAUAAGAAAAGUGGGGACUUGUAUAUUGCUGAUGCUUACUUUGGAUUGUUGAAGGUUGGGCCUGAGGGUGGCCUGGCAACACAGCUUACAACAGAGGCUGAAGGUGUUCCUUUGAAGUUCACUAAUGAUUUUGAUUUUGAUGAAGAUGGGAAUGUUUAUUUCACUGAUAGUAGUUCCAACUACCAAAGAAGGAACUUCAUGCAGCUGGUUUUCACUAGUGAGCCUUCAGGGAGGCUUCUAAAGUAUAAUCCAGUCACAAAAGAAACAACAGUUCUCCUUAGAAACCUUCAAUUUCCUAAUGGUGUAUCGAUGAGCAAAGAUAAAUCAUUCUUUGUCUUCUGUGAAGGAUCACGGGGCAGGUUGAGCCGGUAUUGGCUGAAAGGCGAAAAGGCAGGAACAUCAGAGGUUUUUGCCAUCUUACCUGGUUUCCCUGAUAAUGUAAGAACUAAUGAGAAUGGUGAGUUCUGGGUUGCAAUUCAUUGCCGAAGGACUGUAUAUGCUCAUGUUAUGAGCCAUUAUCCCCAAUUAAGGAAGUUCUUCCUCAAACUCCCAAUCCCGGCUAAGUAUCAGUUCUUGAUGUUCAUUGGAGGCAGACUUCAUGCAGUAAUCGCCAAAUAUAGCCCUGAUGGUGAAUUAUUGCAAAUUUUGGAGGACAGGCAAGGGAAAGUUGUUAGAGCAGUGAGUGAGGUGGAAGAGAAGGACGGGAAACUUUGGUUAGGAUCUGUUCUUAUGCCUUUCAUCGCCGUUUACGACUUGCAUUGAUACAUUAGCACACAUUUCACUCUUCCAAGGAAAUGGUAUAACUUAUGAUGUAUUAAUAUUAUCUGAAGUUGUGAGAGGGACAUUGUUGAUCAGUUUUUCCCAUUAUCAUCCAUUAAUAACUGCUGUCUAUAUAAACACUACAUCAGUUGAGCUUUGGCAGAACGAAUAUCCAACAUGAAAAAUGUUGCUUCUAUUUAUUUA